ACGAGGAGAGAGGUGCACGCAGUCUCACGAGCAGCAGUCACUCCGUGGUAGUUUCUAAAUGGAGCUUUCGUGUUUUCUUCCCAUUGGAUCACGGUAUCAAGAGCUACCGUGCAUCUUGUUCCUGCCGCUGUGACAGGGACAGAGCGUGAAGACAUUAGGGAGGAGAGGAGGGACGCACAGAAACUGAGUGAAGUGCGAGGGAGCUCUUGGUCCUGCACACACCUCACACGCAGACUGGGAACAAUUUCAUUGAGACAUGGGGUGUAGGCUGCCUAAGCUGCGGAAGGCAGAGGAGAAGCGAAGCCCGGGAAACAUCUACUCCACUCUCCGACGGCCUCAGGUGGAGACUAAAGUGGGUGUGUCGUACACCUACCAUUUCCUGGAUUUCCUGUUGGGGAAAGAAGAGGUGCCGGUGUCCUCGGUGCUGUGCCUGUCUUCGGUCAGAGAACUGCCGGUUCAGGUCAGGGAGCUCUACGCGCAGGGGUUCGUCCUGGUCGCGGUGCACCCGUUCGUCCACCCUUGCGGCCCUCGCCACGCGCACAUCCAGCGCCAGCUCCACCGGGCGGUGCUGGUCCGAGAGACGCCAAGUUCAGAGAAAAGCCAGCUGAGGUGGGCCCGACACCGACUGGACACAGAUGUGUGUGUGGCGGGUCACCAGGCCGCUGACCCCGAAGUGAUCCAGAGCUACGUCAAGAGGAUCCAGGAUGUAGCGGAGCAAGGGAUGAUGUUUGUGGGCUUUCUUCAGCAGCCAGGGGGCGCACCCUGCUUUCUGGGGCAGUGGGACCCUGAGGAGCUGUCGUCCUUGCACUCGAGCCCUUCGCCCAUCCAUCGCAACCCCUUCAGCGCCAGCACCAGCCCGACAGAUCUAACAGAACCCCUUCAAAGCGGCGCAGAACCCGACGAUCUCCCUUUUGAACCUCGAGAGUCAGAUCAUGAAAUGGUCGAAUGUAACACGCAGCCUUUGGUGCCCAGAGAACUGGACUUCAGCACCCUGAGUCCCACCCCGAGUUCAGAGCUCAGCGCAGGGGAGCCAGACGAUCAGAUUCAGACCUCACAGAUCAUUUUGAAAGAGUCGCUGGAAUCAACAAACCAACCUCAACAUCACAGUAGGCCUGGCGUGGACACGGAUCAGUGGUGUCCAAGUCCGAACCCAGCAGACACCCGAGGGAGCCGGCUGCGUCUCGGAGAGCAGCAGCGUCGCGGACCAGAGCACAGAGACUCCACAGAGAAACACUUUCACCUUCCCGACCAGGGAGAAAGACGGGGUUCAAGCCUAGACGGCUGGCUCAGCUCUCCAGAGCUGGAGCGCAGCCAUGAAAGAAAGUCCGGCUCCUUCUGUGCGGAUGGACAAGGCCGAGAAACGACACACAACAACAACCAUAUUGGUCUCAAGAGUUCAGAGAAAGAUAAGAACACGACUUCAGCACAGGCUCGGAUGCAGCUCUUUGCCCUCUACAACCACACAGGAGAGCUGAACACGUCCCUGAGGUUCUACUCGCUGAGGGUGCCGCUCCAGCUCCAGAAGGAGGCGGGGCUAGUCACAGAAGUCGAUGCUCACUGGCUCGACCACAUGACGCAGCAUUUCACCAGCGGCGCGCGCCUCGUCGACGGGUUUUUCCAGCUUGGAGAUGAUAACGAAUCCGGCGUUUCAUCUGUGGACAGUGUCUUCAUCCUGCAGAGCUCCGCGGAGGACACCACGAACACCUCCUAUGACGCCAUCGUGGUGGAGCAGUGGACCGUUGUUGAUGGUGUGGUGGUCAAGACGGACUACAUCCCAUUGCUCCAGUCUCUGGCUCCGUAUGGAUGGAGGCUCAUGUGUGUGUUACCCACACCCAUUGUCAAGACCAACAGGUACUGGACUGCAUCCAUAGAUGUCACUGUUACAGCCCUCAACUCAAAUCUCCUACCCGUUCUGCAACGCAAGAGAAAAGACUUCAAGAUGCUGAACCUCAGGGGUCGCAGCAAGGCAAAGAGAAACUCUGCCGGAGAGGACGAGAGAGAGAUCAGGUCCCUAAUGAUGGACGUGGAGAUGGACAGGUUGAGAAGAAACACAAACGAGGAGGAAGCGGAGGCGAGGAGGCGCUGGGACGGCGGAAGGAGCGAUCGGGCGAGCCACCGGGAGCACGGAGAUGAGUGGGAGGAGGAGGAGGAGGAGGAUGAAGGACAUCAGAGGGGCUCGGUGUUCCUAUCGGGGAGCAGGUUUUCUGUUGAGGACCAGGAGGAGGAAACUGACAUUGAUAUGAUCCCUCUGUCCAAGCAGGAGAAGUGUGUGCGAUGGACAGAAGUGUGUCAGAGAGAUGACGGAGGGGUCAGGGAGGAGGUGAAGAUGGAAGAGCGCAUCAAACAGCAGCUGUUUUCCGGCGUCUGCUGAAACAUUGGGCACAAAAAGAGAAGGAAACCCGGUUGGUUUUAAGUAAAGGAGUGUUUUGUUGAGCUGGAUUCUAGUUCCUAUGUGGACAUUGAUAUCCUGUAUUUAUAUCACGCACUGUUAUUUCAACCUGCUCUGUUUAGGGUGUGAGGCUUUCAGGUUGUAGCUCCCAUCAAGGGGGGACGUGUUGUGCAGUUUCUCUGCUUUGGGUCAAUGUUGCUGUUUGAUGUGUUUGAGAUGAAAUGAAACUGAACAGGACGACACAGAGUCUCCAGUCUGAAGCCUUAAGUAUUAUUUUCUUGCCCAUUGUUGUAUUUUACCACUUUCUUGUAAUAGGGCUGUUAGAAGGGGAGUAUUGAUUUCACUGGCUUGUUUGUAUUUUUAUAUGUUAACUUUAAAGAUUAAGAUAGAAAAGGUAUCGCAAAUUGUGAAGUAAACCACUUCAGAGCUCAUCUGAUAAAUCUGCUUCACGUUACGUGUUGGCCAAUAAACCACAGUUUUAGUUCAGAUGAGCCAAAUAUGUUCGAGGUUAUUUAUUAUGAGUUGAGGUGAGUUUGUUUUCAAAAUGUUUGGGAAUAGCAAAACUGUAUUUGUCAACCAAUAAUUAGUUAAGAUUUUAUAAAAGUGUUUUACUCGCCAGGGCCAAAAGAUUAGAUAUAUUCAAUAAUAGAUUCUCUACACGGCAGUAAAGUUUUCAGUGCUACGUUCUACUGGGUAGCUAAAUGUUCAAAUGUGAGUUCAUAUAAAAAAUAUUUGUCAUUAGAGCCGGUGUUAAAGAAGUUGUCCGAAUAGUUUUUUAUUUUUGGCCAAACUCUAGAGAUAAUCAGUUUCUCCACAACAAUGUGAUGGAGGUGAAUUUGAGCUGGGGAUUUUAAUUCAUGCUCAUAUUUAUCUAGAAUUACUGCACUGUGGUUGUUUAAAACGUGUCCCCCCCCCAAACUCAUGAGAUCAGCCUGAGCUUUGACUACUGAUGUCUAAUCAGUCUAGACUUUAGAUGUCACCGUGCAUUUGAGCACCCAAAGCUAAUCACUUCAUCUGCGGGUCUUAGUGAACACAGCUGCCAAAUUUGAAAAGGAUUCUCAAGAGGCAUUCUCAAGAAAGCGCAUUGACAGUGACCUUGAGCUUUGACCUCCAAUUUCUCCUCAGGUCAUGCUUGAGUCGAGGUAAAUGCCAGAUGUAAUUAAAUUCCCUAUGGAUGUUCCGGAUAUAUCAUGUUUACAAGAACAUAAGGUCAGUGUGACCUUGACCUUUCACCAACAAAACCGAAUCCAUUUUUUUUUAGCUGAAGUGAACAUUUGUGUCAC